UUUUAAAGAUUUAACAAUGGAGCUACAGCGACGCAAGAUGGCAGCCACCACGGGCUCAGGAGUAAAAGUCCCUUGCAAUUUCCGACUGUUGGAAGAACUCGAAGAAGGCCAGAAAGGAGUAGGAGAUGGCACAGGUAGCUGGGGUCUAGAAGAUGACAAAGACAUGACACCUACAAGAUGGACAGGGAUGGUAAUUGAGCAUCCAAGAACAAUUUAUGAAAACCGAAUAUACAGCCUUAAAAUAGAAUGUGGGCCUAAAUACCCAGAAGCACCCCCCUUCAUAAGAUUUGUAACAAAAAUUAAUAUGAAUGGAGUCAAUAGUUCUAAUGGAGUGGUGGAUCCCAGAGCCAUAUCAGUGCUAGCAAAAUGGCAGAAUUCCUAUAGCAUCGAAGUUGUUCUCCAAGAGCUUCGGAGCUUAUGAUGUCUAAGAAAAACAUGAAACUUCC